AUGUCCGUGAAGCGUAAAACCCCAACUUCAAUGCCUGCUGAUUCGCCCAGCACGAAAAGAUCUCGUGUUUCGGCUUCAGAGCAACAGGACGACGGUGCCGAAAGCUCCUCGUCGAAGUCGCCAAACACCGCCCAUAAAUACCCAAGAAGCGACCCGGUUUUCGGCCAAAAACACGCUUUCCCCGGUUUAGACGACGAUGAUAGUGAUGAACUGCUCUACGGUCCUCCGGAAGAUGGCCUUCAGUAUCUGCGCAUGGUCAGAUCGGAAGCUAAGAACCUCCCGGCCAUUUUUAUCUCACAGGAGCGGUUGGUGAAUGGCAACGGAAACAAUCUUGUUGAGCAAGAGACCGGGGCUCGAUUAGGGACUGAUAAAGCUGGGCCUGGCGGGUAUUACUCAGAUGGAGUCUACGUGGCACUUUCUACGGCUACUGAAGCAGUCGUUCCCCUCGAACCUGAGAAUGAUGAAGGGACCACUGAUCCGCAGGAAAUUUACUAUAAUCUCCUUUAUCAUCGGUUCCGGCUACUGCGUUCGACAUUAAAGUGCGUUCCUACGGCUGAUGCGAUUGUGUCGCUAGACGAUCAACAUCCAAUUUCUCUGCCUGAUGAUCACAAGCAUGCGAGGCUGGUAUGGCGAGGGCUGUUGCGAACUGUCGAUCCACAAAUGGUUCAGAUUGCUUGUAUGGACCCGGAAGAUGUCCUGCGCGUAUUGGCUGUUGUGACACGGUCGAUAUCUGAUGCAGUAAAGAGCAAAGAGACCGUGCGGGUGAAGAGGCUAGCUGCAUGGGCGUGGGGGCUUCUGGGCCGGUGCAGAGAAGUUGGCGAGAUGGGAAGUGAGGAAGUGGCAGAUAUAAGGGAGCUUGGGAAACGGGCAGUGAAGAUAUUGCUAAAAGUCAGGGAGAUUGAGGAGCAAGGCUAUGCUGCGAAACAUCAGCAAAACGUGCAAGUCGAUGUGGCUAACGUUGUCCAAAGUGUUGCUGAUGCUGAAGAGGAAUGCACCGAGGGUGGGAAUGAAAGACUUGGCAUAAACGAAAUUGCUCUUAAUUCUGUGUCUGAGGAAGAUCAACUGGAGGCAGCAAAAGCACGACUACGGGCUCGGCUUGCUUCUAUAGUUUCAGAUGACAAUGUUGUCGCGAAUCAGGAAGCUGGCCCUUUGAACAUGGCCCAAAAUGAGGCGGCUGAAAGCGAAGAUGAUGCUGAAGCUGCCGAGCUACGGAAACAAACGCGUGCUAUGCUUGACAUGAUUAUCAGCAUCGUUGGGGAAUUUUAUGGCCAGCGCGAUCUGCUCGAGUCUCGAGACCUCUGGGAAGAAGGGGAAAAGGGAUGGAUGUCUUGA